AUGGGUGGUGGACCUACCUCUGGGAAAAAGGUAAAGGGUAAAGAUGUAAACUCAGAUAAAGUUAAAUGCACAUGGAAACUUCAUGCAUCUAGGUCAAGUGAACAGGACUAUUGGUUAUUAAGACCUAUAAUCAGAAACACAUCUGCCUCCAAACACGAAAAAUCAGAUCUUGCACAACAACAUUUCUUUCCAAACGUGUUAUGGAUCAGAUUGAAGCUAAUCCUGGACUGCCUGUUCGUGCCCUACAAGAGCAACUCCAAUCAACUUAUGGAAACCUGUGGUUUCAUCCCCAACCAGGCAAUUCAGAAGGAUAUACGUGUGUUUAGGUCCUUUGAAGAAAGGUUUAAGGCAGGUUUGAGAGAAUUUUUAGGCUUAGAUGGAGCCUUCAUGAAGGGACCUUUCCCAGGUCAAAUACUAAGUGCAGUUGGUGUUGAUUCCAACAAUGAACCUACCCAUUGGCAUAUGCUGUUGCUGAAAGUGAAAACACUUCAAGUUGGAAAUGGGUCUUCUACCGCCAUAGAACAAUUGUUCCCUAAUGCAGAACACAGGUUCUGUAUUAGACACAUAUACCAGAACAUGAGGAAGUUAUUUAAGACUACAGAGUACAAGGAGUAUUUUUGGAGGUGUGCUACAGCCACCACCAUACCAGAGUUUGAAGCUGUUGUAAUGGUAGAGCUAAGGAAUUAUGACAUAGAAGCAUAUCAAUGGCUCUUGAAAAUCCCUCCACAUCAUUGGUAUGAAGUCAUUUUUCAGGUGUUAAACAAGUGUCAAGGUCCAUUAACUCCAACUGGUACUAGGAUUUUGGAAGCAAACACAACACUAGCUAGUAAGUAUCAUGCACGAUGGAAUGGGGGACAAAAGUAUCAGGUUAAAGGUCCAUGGAAUGAUCAACAUGUGGUGGACAUGGAGAAAAGGGAGUGUAGUUGUAGAAAGUGGGAGCUUACUGGAAUUCCUUGCAAACAUGCUAUUGCAAGCCUAAAUGAAAUGGCAGACAACAAUGAAAAGGUAGGAGAACUAUACACCUAUGUGCAUAAGGUGUAUUGGCUUGAUACAUGGAAAGAGAUGUACUCCUUCAAGGUGGAGCCUAUCAAAGGUAGAGCCAUGUGGCCUAAGAGUGACUGCCCAACAACUCUUGUGCCUCCACCACACAACAAAGCUAUAGGCAGGCCAAAAAAGAAAAGAAGGAUACAGCAGAGGAAAGGAUUGAAAUCCAGCAACGUAAGAGGCAAGCAAACAGUCAAAGUCAAACAUGAUAAUGAAACUCAAUCACUGAGCAGGAAGUUUUUGACUGUGACAUGUAGUAAGUGUAAGCAAAAGGGUCACAAUGCCAGGACCUGCAAGGCAAAGAUGGGAAAUGAAUGUUAA